AUGUCGGCCUCCACGAGGGUUAGUGAUGAAGAACUUCAAAGGAGAGAGAGAUAUCUCCGUGCUGGAAAGCGUGAGAGACAAAUUAUGGAUCCAUUCACCUGGUCCUAUCCAGCUAAAGGUGCUGGAGUGAUGUUGGGAGUUUCUUUGAUUUCUUGCCAACUUCAUAACUUAUGGAACAAGAAGCCGUAUUACUAUGCUUUGUUCCCUCGCUUGGUUCUUAUUUCCGCCGUGACUGCCUUAGGUUAUGGUAUGGGAGCCUUGAGACAAAGACACUACCAAACACGAGAUGCUGUAAUUGAACAUUACAUGAAGCUUCAUCCUGAAGAUUUUGACCAUUUUAAAGACAAAAGUGGACGUCCAUUCUCACAGGUUUUGCUUCCUUGGUAUCCUCGUCGUACAGAAUACACUAGAUAUGACUAG